AAAAGGGAAAUCUUAUGCAUGCUCAUGUGCAUGAACGCCAUACCGCAGCGCCAACCGGCAGCUGUAGUCUAACCUCAGGUGCAUCGCUAGAACAGGAGGUGCGAGCAGCGGUGGGUUCUCGCGAGCAAGCAGCGGUGGGAAGCGGAGCAGCGGAUGGUGGCGGAGGCGGCGAAGUAGUACAGCCGGCCCAGCCUGUACAGCCGCUCCCACCACCACAGCCAUCGACCGUGUUGGCGGCCACAGCCACCGCCGCCGCCACUGCCGCACCUUUCGCCGAAGGACUAGCCUCAACAGCAAUAGCGCCUGUCGCCGCCGCGGCCGCAGCCGCCACACCACCGCCGCCACCGCCAGGACCGGCCGCCGCCUUGGCGGAGCAGGACGCCGCUGAGGGACAAUCGGCGGCCGAUGGGGCCGCAAUGGCUGCGGCGUCGGGAGAAGGAGGCAGGGGGCGGGACGUAUCGCCGGCGGGCCGUGCAGAGUCAUUGCCACCGCCUACAGCCACUCCUGCACCGGACGAUCGGGCGUUGGCAGAGCAGGGCGGCGGUGGCGGCGGCCGCGUCGCCUUUUACUACGCCGCGGGGGUCGGGCACUCUCCGGCGCCGCGCGACCGGCGGCGGAUGAUUGAGGUGGCGGAGCGGGUGACCGAGGCGUACGACGCGCUCAGCGCCGCGGGGCUCGUGCAGCGCUGUGAGCGGCAGGAGGCGCGGUUGGCGAGCGACGAGGAGUUGCGCCGCGUGCACCGGCAAGAGCAUCUGGAGCAGGUUGCGAUCCUCGACUGGGACGUCCAUCACGGCAACGGCACGCAGGAGAUCUUCUACGAGGAGUCGCCGGAGUGCUGUGCGAGGCGGUGUCGUGACCCGACGCGAUACCCCGCCGCCUCCGACGGCGACUACCGCGCCGCGUUGGACGUGCUGCUGCUGCCGAUCAUGCGCGCUUUCGACCCGGCCCUCGUGCUGGUCUCUGCUGGCUUUGACGCCGCCGCCGGCGAGUCCUUCAAGCUGGCGCUCUCUCCGGCCCUCUUCGCGCACAUGACGCAGGAGCUGACUCGGCUGCCGGCCGCUCCGCCGCUCGUCGUCGCCCUCGAGGGCGGGUACCACGGCCCUUCGGUGGGCGCGUGCUGCGCCGCGGUGCUGCGCGUGCUGCUGGGGGAGGA